GCUAAAUCUUGUUAUCUAGUGGAGUUGGGCAUGCUGUACCUGUUGGAACUUGAUGUUCAAUUAAAAUGAAAGGAUUUCCUCCAGGAAUAAUACUUCUGUUCAGGUUAAACUUCAUUUUAAUUAUUUGGAUCUCAACAAUGCACAUGUGGAGGUGUUACCCUACUGUCCCUUCUACGAGGAGUGAAGAAUUGACUUUUCUAAAGCCUUUCCUGGAGAAGUCUUUCAUUAAAAGGUCCUUUCGCAAUGGAGUUGGGUCAGGAAUUAAAAAAACUUCCUUUCAAAGAGCAAAGUCAUAAAUAACUGCUCAAGAAAGUAUCCUCAACUUUAGCAUCUAACAUUUAACUGUUUAAAAUAAUUUGCAGUGCAUUGCUGUGAUAAAACCAAAACAGACAAAUGUAUCAGCAUGUUCAUAACGUAAACAGAUGUUUAUUUCAAAUAGCGCUAGCCAAGUGAAGCAGAUUAAAUUGUUCAGUGAAGGCAUUGUUUUCAAAGUUACAAUAUCAUAAAGUUUUGUAUUGAAAUAAAUGUGUUUUCAGCUGGUUAAUUCUCCCGGGUUAUAAAACUACAGAUUUAAUCAGAUUGCUCUUGAUUAACACAAAAAUAGUACAGUACUGUGCUUUGAAUGCACACAUGCAACUAAU